AUGCCAAAGUGGCGCCGUCUCCUUGGGCGCUGUGAGGUUUCCUCAAGAGAGAACGAGGAGAUCUCCUUCUUGGUGAACCCAGAUUUGAAGCCUGUACCCGAGGAUCACCGAACGUGGGGGGUGUUCUCCUUCUUCGGCUACUGGGGCGUGCCCAACGCUACCAUCUGGACAUGGAGCACGGGAGGCGCCUUGGCUGCCGUUGGGUUGAAGGUUCCUCAUAUCAUGGGCGCCAUCACCAUCGCUAACGUUUUGAUCAUUGUCUACACUUGCUUGAACUCUUUCCCAGGCACCAAAUACCACAUUGGGUACCCGCUUUCGCAGAGAAUGCUUUUUGGCAUCAGAGGCUCUUUUCUCGGGAUUAUCAUCAGAAUCGUGCUCUCGAUAGUAUUCUACGGGGUGCAGCUGUGGCUCGGUGGGAUCCUGGUAUCGCUCAUUAUCUCUGGGCUCAGCAAGCAGUUCUUGGAUAUGCCUGCGGUGUUCCCCGAGAGCGCCCAGAUGAAGCUUCGAGAUUUUAUUGGCUUUGUCAUUUUUCUGAUCGUGCAAGCGUGCUUCUUGUGCAUGAAGCCUGAGCUGUUCAACUUAUUGUUAAUUUCGUCUUGCGGCAUCUCCCUAGUUUGUUUUGUGGCCAUCAUGGCUCUUUGCAUUACACGCAACGGAGGCUCCGUGGGCAUCAUCAACCAAGAUGUCGACCUUGUAAGCGAUAGUCUUGGAUGGGCUUGGCUCUACGCUAUGUCGAUUUGGUACGGGGCUAUCUCGCCUGAGGUACUCAACCACAAUGACUUCUCGCGAUUUGCAACAUCGCCAAAGAAAAUGUGCUUUGGCGUGGCGUCUGCAAUCUUGCUCACUGGAACGUUCGUGCCGUUAGCUGGUCUUAUCUGUGCUGCGUCCACUCUCCAAACAUAUGAUAAAAUGUUCUGGUUGCCCACCACCAUUUGUCUACGGUGGCUACAUAUCGAAUACUCUGCUGCCAAUAGGGCUAUGGCCAUCAUAUUCGGACUUGCUUUUGCUCUUUCACAGUUAUCCUUCAACAUUGUUGCCAAUGGUAUCGCUGGUGGGAUGGAGAUGGCGGGCCUUCUCCCCAGAUACAUCAAUAUCCGUCGAGGUGCCUACAUCACCGCCUUAGUUUCUUGGGCAGUGCAGCCGUGGAAGUUUUUCUGGAGCUCCUCUACAUUCCUUGAUGUCAUGAGCUCGUUUGGAGUCAUCACGACGCCCUUGAUAGCGCUUCAGAUCGCAGACUUCCUUGUUGUUCGUCGUUCCAACAUUUGGUUGGAAGACCUUUAUACUGCCGAUAGGAAGGCAGCAUUUUAUUUCACUAAAGGCGUUAACAUUAGAGCUGUUGUCGUUUACAUUGUCAGUGUGGUACCUAGCUUACCAGGACUCAUCAGCGUGGAAUCGAAUGCUGACAAAAAAACAUUGCAAGGGUUGGUCAACCUAUACUAUGGCAACAUAAUCUUUGCAUUCAUCAUCCCGUUUGCCUUAUAUCUUAUCGUGUGCUGGAUAUGGCCCCCACAAAAGCUGCUGGCUGUCGAAAAGGAAGAAAACGAGGACGACACCUCAGAUCUCGAAGUGGUGAACAUCCACACCGAGCAGUGUUCACUGAAAGGAGCAAGCAGCCCUUUCAAUUAG